GCGCCGCGCCGCGGCUGAGCGGCUCCGCCUCCGGCCUGCGAGACGCGGCGUGGGGACGGGAGCGGCGGGCCUGGGCCUGAGGCGCCUGGUGGCGGCAGGGUAUGCUAUGACUGGCUUCAGAUUUCCCAUCACUGCUUUUAGAAAAAUAAAUGUCUAUUUUGGACUGUGGGAGAAAUUCCCCUCUUAUAAACUGUACCCUUCUUGGAAGAGAAGCAUAUACUGUAGCUGUCAAGCACGCACAGUAAACUACAUAACCUAUUUCAGCAUCUCCCCAGUAAAACUCUGUGUGUUAAGACUUCCUCCAGAGUGUAUCUCAGUACUUUCUCUGCGGAACAAAAGUGACAAAAGCUCUAGAAGGAAUAAACAAACAUUACAAGAAGAGGAAGAAGAAGAGAAUGAAGAAGAGGAGGAAGGUGAUUUAGAAGAUGAAUUUGAUGAUGACCCCAGUGUAGUAAAAGAUUACAAGGAUCUUGAAAAAAUAGUGCAGUCUCUUCGAUACGAUGUAAUCAUGAAAGCUGGUCUAGACAUUGCAAGAAAUAAAGUAGAAGAUGCAUUCUACAAUAGUGAACUCAGGCUGAAUGGAGAAAAACUGUGGAAGAAAAGUAGAACUGUGAAAAUUGGUGAUACGCUGGAUCUUAUAAUAGGUGAAGACAAAGAAACAGGAACUGUUGUAGUUAUGCGCGUUGUCUUAAAAAAAGUAUCUAACAAGACUGAAAGUGAAAAAUACAAAGUAAUUUUGAGGCGUUGGAAAAAACUAAAAGUGCCCAAACAGGAUGUACUUAAGUAACAGGAGUUUGCAUGUGGCAGCAUGAGACUUUUUGUAGAAAACCAUAUCAUUUGUUGUUAAAUACGAAUUUUGGUUAAACAAAAUUACAGUACCCUUUUUUAAGGGCUUGUGCUAGAAUGUUAUCUCUUUCUGCUGUGUGCAUCAAUAUUCCUGUGCUAACUCUAUCACUUUUGCUGUUAGUUCUGUUUCAUGGUGUUGCAGGAGACAAGACCCAACUCUUACAUUUCCAGGCAGUUUCUCCAUACAGAAGUUAUAUAUAAUGAAUAAAGACUUAAUUUGAUCAUUGUUUAA